AACUUAGCAAAAUUAGGGUUCAUCAUGAACAAACUUAUCGGGCAAAUAAACAGGCAAAGAUAUGAUUUUUCAUUCAUUUCUCCAGGAAUACAUAUAACCUUAAACAUAAAAAAAAAUAGAGAAAUCAACCAAAAGGCAACAAAUUCACGGCGGAAUUUUCUGGGAAAAAUGGAUCCAGAUCUGAUGGGAGGGAUCCCACCCACGAGACCAGGCUCCCAUCGUCCCCUUCACCACCGUUCCCAGAAAACUCCUCUGUUCAAAGAAAUUACCUACAAAAGCAGACCCUAAAUCUUCACCCAAAUCACCGGCUCCGCAAAAUUCCUCUCCUUUUCUGCCGCCGUUCUCAACACCCAGACUCCAAGAACAGAAGAACCCCCCCUUUUCUAACCUAAAGUCCUCUAUUUAUACUCAAACCAAAACCAACCCUAAAAACCCUAAAAAUCCCAACUAGGAACCUUCCAGAAAUCACUCUCCGGGCUUUUCUGUGUCCACGGUUUUGGGCUCCUCCAAUCACCAGAAUUUUGCAAUGCAUUUGGGCCUCUCUGGUCUUUACCUUUUUUACCUGGUCUUUACCUUUUUUACAAACUCUGCGAAAUGCAUUUGGGCCUUAAAUCCACGCCCAAUUCAUGCGGUCGUCACCCACUCGUGCAUAGAUUUCCUCUGCAAAUCUAUUCCAGUUGCAGGGAGAUCGGGAUUUUGCCAACUCGUCGAAGCUCCGCGUGCACACCACCGCCAUCGCUGGUUGGUAGAUCUGGCUUUCCUCUCUCUGGUUCCGACGCUCACUCGCCAGCGUGGGUCAUGGUGGCUCGUGGGGAUGGUCUUUUGCACGGCUGUCGGCAACCCAAGCUUCCAGAUAGCGGGAAAGGGAUGGCCGGGAUCUGUGCAAGGAAGAAAGGGGAAACCGAAGGAAGGAAGAAUCCGAGGGUUUCAUGGGAGGGGAGGAAUCUUGGGUAUGGAGGGAAAGCUCGGUUGGAGAAGGAGAAGGAGAAGGGAGACGGUAGAAGGAGGAGGUGGUUGCCGGCUGUGGUGAUGAUGAAAUCGGUAAGAUGAUGGUGGUGAUGGUGAUCGGAGAAAGAGGAUGAAGAUGGCUGCUGGCUGCUAGCAGAAGGAUGGGGAUUCGAGAAAGAGAGAGAAGGGAAUUGAAGGUUUGACCGA